AUGGCUCCCAAAGGUGGCGGCGGCGGCGGCGGCGUCGGUGCCAAACCCGCGCCAGCCCCCAAACCCGCACCCGCACCAGCCCCCGCGCCAGCCGCUGGCGGCGGAGGCAGCAGUGGCACCGGCAGCGCCAUCGGCGCGGGCCUCGGCGGUGCCGCGCUCGGCGCCGCGGGCGGAUACAUGCUCGGCUCGCACAUGAGCGGCGGCGGGUCUGGCGGCGGCGGCGACGGUGGGACAACGAUUAUCCAUACGGAUGGGAACGGGAACUAUACGGCGGCGGCGCCUAGUCCGGAGCAUCAGAAGUCGGGUGGUGUGAGGGUGCGGGCGGCGCUGGGGGGAUGCGAGGGGAGGAUUGUGGUCAUUUUGGGGGUGCUGGCGGUGUGGACGGUGUGGACGGUGAUGGGGGCGGUGUUUGUUGAGGAGGAGGUGGUGGAGGAGGAGGAGGUGGAGGUGAGGGAAAAGGUGGAGAGAAUGAUAGGGGAUAUGGAGUUGCAGAGGGCCGUUUUGGAGGUGAUGCAUGGUGGGAAGAAGAGGGCUGAGGGUGGAGAGGUUGGAUGGGAUGAGGAUAAUGGCGUGGGGAAGGAGUCGAGGUUGCGGUUGUUGAGGGAGUAUCUCGGCGAGGGGAUUGAGGAUGCUUUCUGGUGGUAUUUGGACUGCUUUGUCUUUUCCGGGUAG